AUGGAGGAGGAGGACGCUGCAGCCGAUCCAUACCUGCCAUACGACGGGGGAGGUGACACUAUCCCUCUGCAGGAAAUAUCUGACAGAGGCUCUAACUACGCCAUGUCGAACGGGGGCGGGGCCAGCAGCUCCACUCACCUGCUGGACUUCCUGGAGGAGCCCAUCCCUGGCGUCGGAACCUAUGACGACUUCCACACCAUCGACUGGGUCCGCGAGAAGUGCAAGGACCGAGAGCGCCACCGCAAGAUCAACAGUAAGAAGAAGGAGUCUGCGUGGGAGUUCACAAAGAGCCUGUACGACGCUUGGUCUGGGUGGCUGGUGGUGACGCUCACGGGGCUAGCCUCAGGAGCUCUGGCCGGUCUGAUCGACAUCGCUGCUGAUUGGAUGAACGAUAUAAAAGAGGGCGUGUGUCUCAGCGCCAUGUGGUUCAACCACGAGCAGUGCUGCUGGACGUCCAACGAGACCACGUUCGCCGAGAGAGACAAGUGUCCACAGUGGAAGAGCUGGGCCGAGCUCAUCCUGGGACAGGCCGAGGGUCCAGGCUCCUACAUCAUGAACUACUUCAUGUACAUUUACUGGGCGCUGUCCUUUGCCUUUCUGGCCGUUUGUCUCGUCAAAGUGUUCGCUCCGUACGCCUGUGGCUCCGGGAUUCCUGAGAUCAAGACAAUCCUCAGCGGCUUCAUCAUCAGGGGCUAUCUGGGCAAGUGGACGUUGAUGAUCAAAACCAUCACGCUGGUUUUGGCCGUGGCUUCGGGGCUCAGUCUGGGGAAAGAGGGCCCCCUGGUGCACGUGGCCUGCUGCUGCGGAAACAUCUUCUCCUACCUCUUCCCCAAGUACAGCAAGAACGAGGCCAAGAAGCGAGAGGUUCUCUCUGCGGCCUCAGCUGCCGGAGUGUCGGUGGCUUUCGGAGCGCCCAUCGGAGGAGUGCUCUUCAGUCUAGAGGAGGUGAGUUACUACUUCCCCUUGAAGACUCUGUGGCGCUCGUUCUUCGCGGCGCUGGUUGCUGCCUUCGUGCUGCGCUCCAUAAACCCGUUUGGAAACAGUCGGCUGGUGCUGUUCUACGUGGAGUACCACACGCCCUGGUACCUGUUUGAGCUCAUCCCCUUCAUCCUGCUGGGCGUGUUCGGGGGGCUGUGGGGCGCCUUCUUCAUCCGAGCCAACAUCGCCUGGUGCAGACGUCGCAAGUCCACGCGCUUUGGGAAGUACCCGGUCCUGGAGGUGAUCCUGGUGGCAGCCAUCACAGCCGUGGUGGCGUUCCCAAACCCGUACACGCGGCAGAACACGAGCGAGCUGAUCAAAGAGCUGUUCACGGACUGCGGGCCUCUGGAGACGUCUCAGCUCUGUCAGUACAGGAGCCAGAUGAACGGCAGCAGAGCCUUCAGCGAAAACCCCAACAGACCUGCGGGCCCUGGCGUGUACGCCGCCAUGUGGCAGCUGUGUCUCGCACUGAUCUUCAAGAUCAUCAUGACCAUCUUCACCUUCGGACUCAAGGUUCCCUGUGGUCUGUUCAUCCCGAGUAUGGCCAUCGGUGCAAUAGCAGGGAGGAUUGUGGGUAUUGCCAUGGAGCAGUUGACUUAUUACCAUCACGACUGGUUCCUGUUUAAAGAGUGGUGUGAGGUGGGGGCCGACUGCAUCACUCCAGGACUCUACGCCAUGGUGGGGGCUGCGGCGUGUCUGGGCGGCGUGACUCGCAUGACCGUGUCUCUUGUGGUCAUCGUGUUCGAGCUGACUGGUGGGCUGGAGUACAUUGUGCCGCUCAUGGCCGCCGUCAUGACCAGUAAGUGGGUCGGAGACGCGUUUGGCCGCGAGGGCAUCUACGAGUCCCACAUCCGUCUGAACGGUUACCCCUUCCUCGACGCCAAAGAGGAGUUCACGCACACGACGCUGGCGCGCGAGGUGAUGAGGCCGCGCCGCAGCGACCCGCCGCUCGCCGUCCUGACGCAGGACGACCUCACGGUGGAGGAGCUGCAGCUCAUCAUCAACGACACCAGCUACAACGGCUUCCCCGUCAUCGUGUCCAAGGAGUCGCAGAGACUCGUGGGGUUCGCUCUGCGCCGGGACAUCACCAUCGCUGUCGAGAACGCGCGGCGUAAGCAGGAGGGCAUCGUGCUGAACUCCAGGGUGUACUUCACGCAGCACGCGCCCACGCUGCCCGCCGACAGCCCACGCCCGCUCAAGCUGCGCUCCAUCCUGGACAUGAGCCCCUUCACCGUCACCGACCACACGCCCAUGGAGAUCGUGGUCGACAUCUUCAGGAAGCUGGGGCUGCGGCAGUGUCUGGUCACGCACAACGGGCGGCUUCUUGGUAUUAUCACAAAAAAAGAUAUCCUGCGGCACAUGGCUCAAAUAAUCCUGCAGGAAAACACCUCCGCUCUGUCCGUCCCCGAGAAAACACCUCCGUCCGUCCUCGAGAAAACCCCUCACUCUGUCCCCGAGAAAACCCCUCACUCUGUCCCCGAGAAAACCCCUCACUCUGUCCCCGAGAAAACCCCUCACUCUGUCCCCGAGAAAACCCCUCACUCUGUCCCCGAGAAAACCCCUCACUCUGUCCCCGAGAAAACCCCUCACUCUGUCCCCGAGAAAACCCCUCAGUCUGUCCCCGAGAAAACCCCUCACUCUGUCCCCGAGAAAACCCCUCACUCUGUCCCCGAGAAAACCCCUCACUCUGUCCCCGAGAAAACCCCUCACUCUGACCCCGAGAAAACCCCUCACUCUGUCCCCGAGAAAACCCCUCACUCUGUCCCCGAGAAAACCCCUCAGUCUGUCCCCGAGAAAACCCCUCACUCUGUCCCCGAGAAAACACCUCCGUCCGUCCUCAAGAAAACCCCUCACUCUGUCCCCGAGAAAACACCUCCGUCCGUCCUCGAGAAAACCCCUCACUCUGUCCCCGAGAAAACACCUCACUCUGACCCCGAGAAAACCCCUCACUCUGACCCCGAGAAAACCCCUCACUCUGUCCCCGAGAAAACCCCUCACUCUGUCCCCGAGAAAACCCCUCAGUCUGUCCCCGAGAAAACCCCUCACUCUGCCCCCGAGAAAACACCUCACUCUGUCCCCGAGAAAACCCCUCACUCUGUCCCCGAGAAAACCCCUCACUCUGUCCCCGAGAAAACCCCUCACUCUGUCCCCGAGAAAACCCCUCACUCUGCCCCCGAGAAAACACCUCCGUCCGUCCUCAAGAAAACCCCUCACUCUGUCCCUGAGAAAACCCCUCACUCUGACCCCGAGAAAACCCCUCACUCUGUCCCCGAGAAAACCCCUCACUCUGUCCCCGAGAAAACCCCUCACUCUGACCCCGAGAAAACCCCUCACUCUGACCCCGAGAAAACCCCUCACUCUGUCCCCGAGAAAACCCCUCACUCUGUCCCCGAGAAAACCCCUCACUCUAAAACCCCUCACUCUGUCCCCGAGAAAACCCCUCACUCUGACCCUGAGAAAACCCCUCACUCUGCCCCCGAGAAAACACCUCCGUCCGUCCUCAAGAAAACCCCUCACUCUGUCCCCGAGAAAACCCCUCACUCUGUCCCCGAGAAAACCCCUCACUCUGCCCCCGAGAAAACACCUCCGUCCGUCCUCAAGAAACCCCUCACUCUGACCCCGAGAAAACCCCUCACUCUGACCCCGAGAAAACCCCUCACUCUGACCCCGAGAAAACCCCUCACUCUGUCCCCGAGAAAACCCCUCACUCUGACCCUGAGAAAACCCCUCACUCUGUCCCCGAGAAAACCCCUCACUCUGACCCUGAGAAAACCCCUCACUCUGACCCUGAGAAAACCCCUCACUCUGACCCUGAGAAAACCCCUCACUCUGACCCUGAGAAAACCCCUCACUCUGACCCUGAGAAAACCCCUCACUCUGUCCCCGAGAAAACCCCUCACUCUGUCCCCGAGAAAACCCCUCACUCUGACCCUGAGAAAACCCCUCACUCUGACCCUGAGAAAACCCCUCACUCUGACCCUGAGAAAACCCCUCACUCUGUCCCCGAGAAAACCCCUCACUCUGUCCCCGAGAAAACCCCUCACUCUGACCCCGAGAAAACCCCUCACUCUGACCCCGAGAAAACCCCUCACUCUGUCCCCGGGGGCCACUCUCACUCUGUCCCCGGGGGCCACUCUCACUCUGUCCCCGGGGGCCACUCUCACUCUGUCCCCGGGGGCCACUCUCACUCUGUCCCCGGGGGCCACUCUCACUCUGUCCCCGGGGGCCACUCUCACUAAACGCUGUUGGAUCAUUGUCUGUGUUCGAACCUUCCAUGUUGUCGCAUCACUAUAA